AUGUCGGACGGGCUCGCCAAGACGGCCAAGUCGAGCCGCUCGAGGGCCGCGUGCGACUCGUGCAAGUCCACUAAGCAGCGCUGCGAUGGCCCGUCCGUCAUCCCAUGCCGCAGGUGCCAGCUCUACGGCUUGCAGUGCGUCUACUCCGCCGUCCCCGCCCCUUCACGCAAGACCGCCAAAGUCCUCGCCGCCUCCACUCCCUCCGCUCCCUCCGGUCUCGCGCCGGUCCUGCCACUAGCGCAAGCGAAUGUCGGACUCGAUGCGGGAACAAACACGCUGCUGCACGACAUGGCUGCACGACUGCGCUCCAUCGAGUCGACGCUGUCAGGACUCCAACUCUCGACCGUCAUCGCCCAAGCACACGGUCACUCGUCCGCCUCCGCCGCCGACUCGCUCGACCCAAACUCGUCCAUCGCAGAAGCUGACACACCAGACGACGACUCGUCUGCUUCUUCGCCCUCUGGCCCGUCGCGCAAGCCCUCACUCACAGCGAGCCAGACCCGCCCGAACGGCUCAACUGUCCCCUCGGCCGUUCCCGAAAACACGGGCGAGACGGCCCUCCAAGCGAUCAACGAUGCAGUCGAGUUGAUCAACUCGUUUGCGGGUCAGGCGAACUCGGCACCUGAAGCGGGUGGAGCGUCGGGAGCGGAUGGAGCGGGCGUUGGAGCGACCGUUGGGAGGAUCAUGGCUUUCGAGGGCUGGACGAGACCGGAUGCGUUUGAGCGGGGCGUCAUGACCGUCGACGAGUGCACGAAGAGUCUCGAGAUCUUCUUCAACCGCAUCGCGCCCUGGCUUCCCGUUUUCCCCUCCCCUCCCACCUCCGCAUGGUCACUCGACGCCCUCCGCGCCCGCUCGCCCGUCCUCUUCCACGUCAUGCUCCUCACCACCUCGUACUUCCUCCUCCCCUCGCCCGGUGACAAGUCGAAGAAGGUUUACUUGCAGCUGCUGAGCAUUGUGAAUGAGUUGGUGGCCCCGAUCGUGCUGGGGACUAUGAAGGCCGAUCUGACGCCCGACCUCGUCCGCGCCCUCCUCAUCCUCCUCGUCUACAAACCAGUCGAGUACUCGCACCUCCUCCACACGCACUCGAUUACGCCCACAGCCGCCGAGCGCGCAGCAAAGAACAACGCCCCUUCGUCCGCCGUCAUCUGGAUGCUCGAGACCUUUGUCGUCCGUCGCAUCGGCCUCGACUCGGCACCAGCGGACUUUGCGCGCGCGUAUCAAGCUGCAGGCGGCGAGGCGAGCAAGAUUCCCGCCGGCGUAAUCGACAACCUCCGCCUGUUCAUGUGGUUCCUCGUCACGGACGUGCAUGGAGCACUCACGACCGGCCGCGCGACAUCCGGUUUCUCGGCCUCCGUCGCAGCACGCACAACGCGCGCGUUCGCAUCCCUCCAGAUCCAGCCGUCCGACACCCGUCUCUGCGCCUUCCUCGAGUUCUACGGACUCGUCGGAAAAGUCCUUGGACGACCGUGGGUGCGCGGAGAGGGGCUGUGGAGGGACGAGUGGGAGAAAGAGAUGGAGGAGUGGAACAAGGGCGUCGAGGCGUGGGAGGAUCAUUGGCGCGAGGGAUUGAGGGAGGCGUUCAAGAGGGGCGAUCGGCAUGCGUGGAAUGCGGCGACCGUGCAUGUGCAGCUUGUCAAGGCCACGGUCAACGCGUCCGUCUUCUACCGCUGGAAUCGCCUUCGCCGUGCCGCAGCGACAGGAUCAGGCGGUCCUUCGCCACCCAUCACGCCCGACUCGCCUUUCCCUCCCUCCCCCUCUGGCGCUCCGCCGACCCUCUCGCCCGCCGAAUGGCGCUUCCUCGGCGUCUCCAUCGCCGCCCUCGAGCGGAUGAUGUUUUCCCUCUCGGAGGAAUCGAGGGUUCUCCGCCCUGGACAGGUCGAGUGGGAUGGAGAGAAGAGGGUGCAGUGGCCGCCUGUCGAUCCGGCGACCGGGUUGAGGAAGCCGCUCACGCCCGACCAGGAGAUGAUCUCGGCGAUGAAGACCGCCAUCGAUCCCGUCACUUGCAUCGGCCUCGCCUACCCGCUCAUCCUCCUCGCCAAGAUGUGCAACGCCGGCCUCUCGCGCUGCGAGCUCUCGACUACCAACCAGCCCGCCGACCCGUUGGACCCAAGCGCAAGUCCUCCAGGGACGUCGCCAAGCGCCUACGUCCCGACACCCGCCGCCUCGUACUUGACCGGCCGCCCAAUCCUCGUCGGCCGCAAACUCUGCGUCCUGCUCGGUCUCGGCGCUUCGUUCCUCGAAGCUAUCGCUCCAACGCCUUCGCACCCCUCCGCCAUCCACGCUCAGACGCUCCGCACGAUCCUCCGCGCCGGAACUUGGGGUCAGGACGAGACGCGUGGGACGACCGCAGCGCAGAGGGAGCUCUUCAACGCUGUCAAGACGGGUCACGCUCAGCCCGAGGCGCUGGGCGUGAUGGACGCGGCGGGCGUGCAGAUUGCGCAGGUUCGCGACGCGGGAAAGAUUCUGGCGGCCGUCUUGGCGCAGAUCUCGCCAGCCAACAGCCCGCCGCCUGCGACGUUGCCCGACCCGCCGAAACAGGCGUCGCUUAGUCCGCCUCUCGCCAUGGCGCUUCCUCAGCAACAGCACCUGCAACAAGAAUUACCGCCGCAGCAGGACUCGUUCUUUGCCUUCGGAACGAACGGUCCCUUCUCAACUUCGGCAACGACGUCGCCGCCUCUCUUUGGCAUGCAGCAACACGCGCAGCCGCAGAUCCCGCCGAUGAACGCGCCCCCGUUCUACCCGCCGUCGUACACGACCUCGGCAAGCGACUUUGGCUCGCUCUUCUCGUCCGUCUCGCCCUCGACCGGCAGCAACAUCAGUCCGGCCGUCUCGAACGGUGCACCGCUGCAUUCGACGUCGCCGCCGGCCUUCAACUUUAGCAGCAACGGGUCCUUCUCGUUCUCGUCGUCCGUCUCGCCUCCGCCUCUCGGUCAGCUCGCUACGGCUUUCUCUUCACCCGGCACCAAUUCCGGCUUCACUUCGCUCGGAGCCCAACCAGCUGGAGUCGGAACAAGCAUGGCAGUCGACGUCGACACCGACUCGCUCCUCGCUCGUGCGGGCGAGAUCGACUGGAGCGCGAUCGAGCGCCAGCUCGGAAUGAAGGAUGGAGCGCUGAGCGCGCGAGCUGGGUUCGGCGCGGGGGAUUACGAGGUUGGCGGGGCGUCGCUUGGACUGAGCGGGAUGGGCGACGGGUCCACGGACUGGAUGAAUCUGUAA